GUGGGUCCCUUUCCCAACCCUCCGGCCAUUUGAUCACAUUGUUAUAUAUAUACAUAUAUAUUAAAUUACUAUGUGGAAUGUGGAUGUUGAUGUCAAUUAUCAUGACAACACCCCCUUUUAUUCCCUUUUAUUAUGCUUCUUAAUAAUUCAUAAUUGCAAUUUCAGCCUAGCCUUCAUCCUUCUAGCUUGCCCAAACCAGAAAUGCCUAUGAGAGAAGGUAUAUCACCCGGUGGUCGAGAGUAUACCAUGAACAGGGCUUUUACUAUCCAGAAGUUAUUCUUGAAACUAGCAGUUCGCUUGCUUAUGCUGCUGGUUCUCUCAAGGAGUUGUUAUUCCUUCAAUAAGCCUAAAGUUGAAGGUGAAGCUCUAAUAGAUCUCCUCAAGGCUCUUAAUGAUACCAAUGGUAAAGUCGUUGAUUGGAAUAUUGAUUUUGUGAGCCCUUGUGACAGUUGGUCUCAUGUCACAUGCAAAAAUGGAAAUGUUACAUCCCUGAGCUUAGCCUCUAACGGAUUUUCGGGAACGCUUUCACCAUCAAUAACCAAAUUGAAGUAUUUGGAAAGCCUGGAUUUGCACGAUAAUAAUCUAUCAGGUGUCAUACCCGAAUACCUCGCUGGCAUGUUGAACCUACAGAUCCUGAACCUUGGAAACAAUAAAUUCAGCGGCUCUAUUCCAGCAGCUUUGGGUCAGCUUCCAAAUCUUAAGCAUCUGGUUUUGAGAGAAAACCACUUAAGCGGACCUAUUCCGAAUUCACUUGUAAAUAUCACCGGCCUAAAAGAACUGGACAUCUCAUCCAACGACCUCGCUGGAGGUGUUCCUGUGCAGUUGUUUUCAGUACCAAUAUACAAUUUUUCAAGGACUCGUCUUAGAUGUGGCAAUCAUUUCCAGCAACCUUGUGUCUCGAGCUCCUCUGUCCCAGUUUCCCACGGAAAAUCAAAACUUGAGAUUGCUAUUACUGGUGCAAGCUGUGGCGCUUUUGUUCUUCUCUUAAUUGGGGCUAUCUUUGUACACCGAUCCAAUCGCCUUCAUAAACUCAAAAGUGACGUGUUUGUUGAUGUGGAAGGUGAAGAUGAGUGCAAAAUUGCCUUCGGACAAAUAAGAAAGUUUUCGUGGCGUGAAAUCCAAAUUGCCACCGAGGAUUUCAAUGAAAGUAACAUCAUAGGACAAGGGGGGUUUGGUAAAGUGUACAAAGGUUUUCUCUCAGACAACACAAAGGUUGCUGUGAAAAGGCUGGCGGAUUACCAUAGUCCCGGUGGAGAGGCAGCAUUUUUAAGGGAAGUUCAGUUAAUAAGUGUUGCAGUUCAUCGAAAUCUCCUCCGCUUAAUUGGUUUCUGUACAACCACAUCUGAGAGGAUUCUUGUUUACCCUUUCAUGCAGAACCUGAGCGUUGCAUAUCGCUUAAGAGAGCUGAAACCGGGAGAGAGAGGUCUGGACUGGCCAACUAGAAAACGGAUAGCUUUUGGAGCAGCACGCGGGCUAGAGUACCUACACGAGCAUUGCAAUCCGAAGAUUAUACAUAGAGAUCUAAAGGCGGCGAACAUCCUCCUAGAUGAUGAUUUUGAACCUGUUCUUGGUGAUUUUGGAUUAGCGAAACUGGUUGACACGAAGCUGACACAUAUUACUACUCAAGUUCGCGGAACCAUGGGACACAUUGCCCCGGAAUACUUGUCCACGGGAAAAUCUUCGGAGAAAACGGAUGUAUUUGGAUAUGGCAUAACGCUUCUAGAGCUUGUAACUGGACAGCGCGCCAUUGAUUUUUCUCGGCUAGAAGAGGAGGAAGACGUUCUGCUGCUGGAUCAUGUGAAGAAACUACUGAGAGAGAAACAGCUGAAGGACAUCAUGGAUCCAAACCUGAAAACAUAUGAUGCAAAAGAAGUCGAGACGGUCCUCCAAGUCGCGAUGCUUUGCACCCAAACAUCGCCCGAGGAUCGUCCAAGAAUGACUGAAGUCAUCAACAUGCUUCAGGGCGUGGGCCUGGCCGAGAGAUGGGCGGAGUGGGAGCAGCUCGAGGAGGUUAGGAAUCGCGAGUUCUCUCUCGUGCCACGCGAGUUUCUGUGGGCUGAAGACUCUACAUAUGACCAAGAAGCCAUUCAGUUGUCUCAAGCCAGGUAGGGAGCUGAGCCAAGAGAUUUGUAAGUACCAACUACCCCCCAACUGAGGCCUUGGUGACAAAAUUGUACAUUUGAGAUUAUUGUUAACUUUUUAGCUGGAAACUGAGCUUGCAUGCCGUAUUGUACAGAGUAUUAUUCUGCUAUGUACUAUAUAUAAUAGACUUUAGAGACAGCAGUCAGCAAACAAUCGUGCAUUUGCCUUUCAUCAUGAUUGAGUGGUCCAUUAUUGUACAUAUUUAUUUGAUGGUAAAUUAGUUGGUCAUUCAAAAGUUUUUGAAUUUAA